AUGGAGCCAGAGGUUGCAAAGCUGUCACCGCUGCGACGGCUCUCAGCGUCGGCCAAAGCCACCGCGGAGACGAUGGCGACCUCGUCGGCGGCCGCGGCCAAGUCGGCGAUGCAGUCCGUCACAGAGGCGUCCGGGUUCCUCGCCGAGGCUGCACAGGCCGUGGCGGCGGCCACGUUUUUGUCCGACACGCAGCGCAGCAGAGUGCACCCGAUGGCAACAGCAGUCAACGCAACCGCCUUUCCGGAUCUCCCACCGUCGAUGCGAUGCCUCGUCGCGUCGUCCAAAGAGGAUGACGCAGCGUUCGUCAUGACGCCACCGGCACAUGUCCCCAGCGACGUCUGCGGCGCCUGCCACGCAUCGUUCGGCGUCACUCGAUUUACGUAUCACUGCGGUCUCUGCGGCCACGCGUUCUGCCGCGCCGACCUUCCCGUCAAAGCGCACUUACAUCGCUUCGGCGCCGGCGUCAAGCGCGCCAAGCUCUGUGCCCGCUGCGCCAACGAGCAUCAUGACCGCUGCAAGGCCCAAGACCUGGCGUGGCGCAUCGAGCGCAUUUCGAACUAUGUGGCGGGCACUUUGCGGCCCUUCACCGACAAUAACCCGCUCGACUCGCGCCGGCACAAGGCCCAGCGCGUCGCCUCAGGUGUCGUCGCGGUGGCCAAAGCAGUGCCCGCCGCCGUCAUCGCGUCGAGUCCUGUCGCGUCGGCCACAUAUACGAUUGUGGGCGCCGACCUGAUUCGGCGCGUCGGAGGCGCCGGCUUGCUCGGCUACGUCCUCCGGCAGGAUUUUGCAGCGACGUUUGCGACGCUGCAGUCGGUGCUCGGAUCGCUUGAGACGCUCUCGUCCAAAGACGCGGCGGGCGCCGUCUACUACACCAUGGCGGCCAACCGCGGACGGCGCGGCCGGGACCCGCUCGCCGAAGCCGACGACCACGCCGAGUGCCAGCGCAUCUCGGACGACGAGCUCACAACGCUGCUGCGCGACGCACCGCUGGCGCUUCAAGCCAUCUACGACGAAGACGUACUGAGUUUGCAACGGGUGGCCAAGCUCCAUGGGCUCGCGCUCCUCUUCCACGCGAUCGAGGCGUCGGCGGUGCACGCACCCGGCUACGCGCUGCUCGCCGACUUGACCGACAAGCGCGUCCUCCUCCUCGUGCGCGGGUCGCAGUCGGUGCAAGAUCUUCUCACGGACCUCGACCUCGGCGCCGUGUCGGCGGCGGCACCUAUGCACCAAGGCAUUGCCAAGGCGGCAACGUGGCUCUAUGGCCAAACUCUUGGCGCCUUGCGCGCGCUUCACGAGGCGGGAUUUGACCAACUAACCAUCUGCGGGCACUCGCUUGGCGGUGGCGUCGCCGCGCUGCUCGCCACCAUGCUCAUCGACGAGCUGCCGCACGCAACGGCGAUUGGGUUUGCCGUCCCCGCCUGCGCGACCCGCGCCCUUGCGGACAAUUGCAGCCGCUACGUGCGCUCGGUCGUCUUGCGCGACGACAUCAUUCCGCGCACAACGGUCGGCGCGAUCACGCAGCUCGUCGCCGACCUCAAAGCCGAAGAAUGGCAAGCGGCAGCGACCGAAGAUCUUCUGGCGCUAAAAACCCGCGCUAAAGGCAUCUGGGCGCCCCGGCGACGGCCCGUGGCUCGUCCAAACGACGGCGACGCUGCGCCACCCACCAGAGGCUCCGAGACACCGACGCCGACACUUGGCGACGAAAUCGACGAUCCCAACGAGCUCUUUGUACCAGGACAGGUCAUCCAUCUCUACUACACGCACGGCGUCUACGAGGCCGCGUUCGUCGACCGCAACUGCGACGCGCUCGGAAAGAUCCACGUGUUUGAGAACAUGCUCAGCGACCACCUCGGCCGCAACUACCUCGCCGCCCUCCGCAUC